UCUGCACAGCUAUACAGGGCUAAACAUAGCUAUACAGGGCUAUACACAGCUAUACAAACAAUACGCAGCUAAACAGAACUAUACACACCUAUACAGGGCUAUACAGGGCUAUACAGGGCUAUGCACAGCUAUACAGAGCCAUACACUGCUUAACAGAGCUAUACACAGCUAUACAGAGAUGUGUAAAAAGGGAUGGAAGAAAUAUUGAGUUCCCGUUGUUAUUCUAUUAAACGUUUUUGAUCGAAAUCUUUUUUUAAUUGCUGUAACGAUUCAAUUUGCAUCAGAUUUAUUUGUUCCUGAAAGGCGAAGGAUUAGGCACAUCAAAAAUGAAAUUAAGGAUCAGUUUGUCACCUUAUAAGUAUAAAAUUGCUGUAAAAUGGAUUUUCUUAAUUUUCUUUUAAAUUCUUACUCCGAAAUAGGCCGUAGAUGCCACUUAAGUGCUCAAGCGAUCGUGGAAAGCCUGCAGAGCUAAAUGAAAAAUGUCAUCCACUACUUAGAAGGAUAAGAACAUUCAGACUAAUGUUACUUGGAUUUUGCGAAAGGGUCGAGCUCAAAGGGUAGUUUUGGACGAUUUUUAUUACUAUAGGCGGGAUGAGGGCAGCGUUAUACGCUGAUGACACCAAGCCGCAUAAGAACGUCAGCUCCGUCUGCGAUUGUCUGUCUCUGCAGACCACUCUAGCAAACGUGAAUGACUGGUCAUAGGGAAAUAACAUCAACUUCAACACCUAGAAAUGCACAACGCUUACUGUGACGCGGAUGAAAACUCCCUUGAUUUACGAAUACAUCCUAUACAACACACAACUUGUGCGAGUGUCCGCGGAAAACGAUCUAGGAGUUACAAUUAUGGGUACGUUGUCUUGGUACUCUCAUAUAUACACCAUCACCGCCAGAGACAACAGGCUCCUUGGGCUCCUAAAGCGGACAUGUCCAUUACUAACUGAUGUAUCUACCCGGCGCGCGCCAUACUUAUCGCUAGUCAAGUCACAACUCUGCUGUGCUACUCAAGUCUGGUCGCCCGCUCAGGUUUCCCUGAGGGCACAAGGCGAGUGAGUGCAGCGGCGCGCUACCAAAUGGAUCUUACAAACCCGGAUUGGCGAGAUGUCUUGCAGAGACAGAAUUAUUACCCUGGACUUACUCCCUCUUACCUACGACAGAGAACUGAAAGACUUGAUAUUCUUUCAUAAGUGCCUAUUUAAUCAUAUUCACCUUGAUGUAUGCAUUUGCUUCAAUUCCUGCCAUUUGAAUUAACAACUUUUUUAACAACUUUAUUUGGUUUAUAACAUAGUACUAACUACACCUCUAGCUUGUAGCACGAGCAAGUUCUAACUAGUGUCUACGUGCAGGGCUAGUCAAUGUCAAAGGACGUUCUCAGGCAGUCAAAAAGUGUUUGUUUGACGAAAAGCUGGAAGGAGAGCGGACUCGAAAAACUAGAAGAAGGAGCAAUAGUACAAGAGUAAUUCCAAAGUUUCACAAUGCGAUUAAAGUAGGAAGCCUGAAAGGGGCUCGUUUCACAGAUUGGUGUUUUUAAAUUAAAGGAGUUGCUUAGUCUACUACGGCCGUGAGAAAUAAAGUUUGUGAAACUACGUACCUGUUCUUUCGAAUUUCACAAAUUGGCUUUAUCACGUGUUUAUUUCUUUGAUAACACACUUUUACAAAGAGUGAAAGAGAGAAUGCCGUCAAUGAGGGAAUGCAGAACUAUCAUUGGUAUACGAGUAAUUAAAAAAACUAUUGUGGUCAGUUAAACAUGUAACAAGUUAUACUUAUUCUGCAGCAAUCCAAUAUGAACGAGUUUGCAUACGAUUAGUUACACCUUUUCCAACAUAAACAUGAAAUGCGCACCGUGAGUCUUUUGUUAUAAUAACAAGAUAAAAAAGAACAAAAAUAGUCGUACAAAAUCUAGGUAAUCACUCAGUUUUGACACAAAGCUGUAUUUACUUAGUAAUUUCUCUGUGUCCUAAUACAGUGUGAAUUAGAAAUCAUGAAUCACUAGUCUUCUUUUCUCGCGUUUUUCAUCCAUUAAAGAGAAAGCUCAAAAGUCUGAUUGGACAUGAGAUCUAACGGGUAACUUUUUGAACUUUUUGAAGAACAUUCUUUUACCAAAGAGACGACCUAGAAAAGAGGUCACUUACAAGGUAAAGACCUUUAGCAGUCAAAACAUUCAUGUAAAUAUGGGAAUGGUAGUUAAUCAUGGCUAAGAGGGUGCUGGUGUUUAUUAAAAAAAAAAAAAGGUACAGAGAAAACUUUGCACGGUUAUGAAAACUUACCCUAAUUCCCGAUAUAUGUGCUGUACAGCCCAGUUUUAUCUGAAGAUUGCUUAGUCUUGGUUCACUCGUGGGUGGUGCGUAACGCUUGGAAGUUCUUUUUUUUGUUAUGGUAUAUGGUGUUAAGAUAAACAGCGUAACUAUAAACCGAUUGGAAAACCUUAAAUGUGUUUCUGGUAACAUAACUUGGGAUGAAAUAUGAUUUAAAAUCAGAGAAGUAUCAAAGGAAAUCCCUGACA